GGAAGCGCCAAGUUGACGUAGAUGUGCCCCGAGGCUCACCGUAACAUGCGCUUGCUCGAUGGUCUUCACUUGUCUUCCUCUUGUAACAUCUUUGCAAUGUUGUCUCCUACACACCCCGCAACCGGCAAUCGUUGGCUAUGCUCAUGGCAUUCAAACGCGCGGCUCGAUACCGUCUCCUGAUGACGCCAUGCAGUCUGGCAGUUUGUUGAUGGGUCGGAUAAGUACCGUCAAAAACUUUGCAUGCUCUGCUCUCACCCGGCGCCGCGCGGUUCCCUCUUAUCAUACAACGCCAACUGCCGUAACCUACUAGUGGCUCUCGCUGGGCCGUCCGAUAAGGGCUCGAACGCACUUCUGUCUUUCACUGCCAAGUACUGCCAUGUCUUCGACAGAGCUGCACGAGAAGGUCGUGGCGGACGAUAAGUCCGACACUCCCGGGGUCCAGCGGUCUACGGUGGUAGACGUCGUCGAAGCAGUAGAUGACGACUCCUACUUGGAGCUGCUGGGGUACAAGCAGGAGUUCAAGCGCGACUUCACAUUCCUCGGCUUGUUCUCGCUCGUCUCGUCCGAGCUGGCCAUAUUGCCUGGCGUCGCGGGGACCAUCUGGUACACGAUGGGUUACAUGGGUCUCAUCGGAAUGACGUGGGGCUGGCUUGUAGGAGCCGUUAUGGGCCAGUUCCUUGCCUACUCUUUGGCAGAGUUGUCAAGCGCAUACCCGACUUCUGGAGGAUUGUACUACUGGGCGUACAUGACCACGCCUCCCAAGUACAAGCUGCUAUCCUGCUACGUCGUUGCCUGGUCUAUGAUCAUCUCGACCCCGCUAGCCUGCGUUUCCAUCACAUACUCUGCUGCUCAGCUGCUAGUUGCCUGUGCGCAACUGGGUGUGCCCGACUACGUGGCUGAGGCGUGGCACGUCUAUCUCGUGUACUUUGGCAUGAUGUUUAUCUCCUACCUUGUCAUCUGCCUACCUACGAAAUACGUGUCCUGGUUCAACAUCUGGUCAAACGCGCUUGGAAUCAUCAUCCUCAUCGUCUUGACCAUCUUGUUACCUGUGAAGGCUGAGACCCUGAACUCAGGGAAGGCGAUAUUCACGCAGGCAUACAACCAACUUGACUGGCCUGCGGGAUGGUCUUUUUGUAUGACGUUCUUGUCCGCUACCUGGACAUUGAGUGGUUACGAUGUCGCAGCUCACGUCGCUGAGGAGACUCACAACGCCGCGGUCACUGUCCCUCGCUCCAUGGUGUGGGCGACUUGGUCGGGCGUCUUCCUUGGCUUCAUCUACCUGAUCUCGCUCGCACUUUGUGCGGUAGACAUAGACACCCUGAUGGCAGACGAGCUCGGCCAGCCGCUCGGGGUGCUCUUCGCGCAGGUCCUCGGCACCAAGGCCGGGAUAGCGUUCAUGGCCAUCAACGCCUUCUGCCAAAUGGCCUGCGGCAUCGCCUUCUUCGUCGCCGCGUCGCGCAUCUUCUUCGCGUACGCGCGCGACCGCGCGCUGCCGUUCUCCGACUGGCUCGCGCGCGUCGACCCGCGCACGCAGACGCCGAACAACGCGUCGCUCGUCGUGUUCGUGCUGUCGGCGGCGUUUGGCGCCAUCUCGAUUGGGUCCGACACCGCGUUCGAGGCGUUCUUCUCGGGCUCGACGCUCGCGGGGCAGAUCGGGUACAUCUUGCCGGUGUUGGGGCGGUGCUUGUAUGAGGACAAUCCGGACUAUCGCAACGGGCCGUACAACCUGGGCAGGUACUCGAAGAUCAUUAGAUGGACUGCGGUCGCGUGGAACUUCUUCAUUUGUCCGCUGGUUAGCUUCCCGGAAGGACCGAACCCUUCUGCGGUCGACAUGAACUGGGCUGUGGUCAUUUACGUGCCCUUCCAAAUUAUCGCCAUGGCGUACUGGUGGUUCGUGGGGUAUAAAACAUUCAAGGGGCCACGGCCGAACUUUGCCGAACUGAAAGCGCAAUGACCCUGGCUAUACCCGCUCCCCUUCAAAAGCGCGCGGUGGGCGGCUUGUGUUGAGCAUUCCGUCACGUCCCAUCGUUGCUUCCGAUCAUCAUGUGUAGGACAUCCCCGUCGAUGUUCCGACGGACGUGUUCUGUAUGAUGCGUCA